AUGCUUAUCUACAAGGACGUUAUCUCCGGUGACGAGAUCAUCUCGGACUCGUACGACCUCAAGGAGGUCGACGGCAUUGUCUACGAGGCCGACUGCGCCAUGAUCAUUGAGGGCGCCGUCCAAGUUGACACCGGUGCCAACGCUUCUGCCGAGGAGGCGGAGGAGGGCGUUGAGGACCAGGAUGUCAGGGUCAACAAUAUCGUCAGCUCUUUCCGUCUCCAGAGCACCUCGUUCGACAAGAAAUCAUAUCUCACCUACCUGAAGGGUUACAUGAAGGCCGUCAAGAAACAUCUCCAGGACAGCGGGAAGUCGCAGGACGAGAUCACGGAGUUUGAGACCAAGGCCCAAGUGUUCGCCAAGAAGGUUAUCGGCAGCUUCAAGGACUGGGAAUUCUACACCGGCGAGUCCAUGAACAUCGAUGGAAUGGUCGUUCUCCUCAACUACCGCGAGGAUGGCGUCACUCCUUACGUCGUUGUGUGGAAGCACGGUCUCAAGGAGGAGAAGGUGUAA